AUGCCCCCCGUUCGGGUAAGUCCGACUCGUGGAGAUGGCACUCGAGCGCUGGUGGCUUUGUCCAAGUGGGCUUCGCGCCAUGCAGAGAAGCACUCGAUGAGCUGGAAGAAGGUGAUCACUCCUGCUGCUCUCAUUGAGAAGACCCAUGUCCGUCAACUGGCAGCUCGUGAAAAAGUGUUCGAGCGGCAUCUCCCGUUCUCCUGGCCGCGAUUUUUUAUCGGAGCUGUGUCACUUGCUCUCGUUUUCUCUGAUGUUUUGCGAUCGGGUGUGGGCGUGUCGAAUCUCCAAGAAGUGUAUCCCUCUCUGCAGCCUGAUGAAGUGGUAAGUUUUGACACAUCGUGGAAUUAUUCCGUGUUUGCAUCGACCAGAGAUGAAGCGCUUAGUGGCAGCACAACAGCGCGCGUUUGGAGCUACAAGCACGACUCGACUUCGAUCACAUGGCGCGCGUUUGCACAAUUCUUGUCAGCGCCAGACUUCCCUGAUUGUUUCUUCUACGCUAGCCAAUGCCCCGGAAAUACGUUCAACGGCGACGUGGCAUUUAAAAUGAUCGACUCUCUCGUCAACGUCGUCUCGAGGAUAAACAGGACGACACAAUCCGGACCUGUGGGAUUGGCGCUACGCUCUGAAAGUGAGUAUAUCGAUCGUCUUCACCAGUUUAUUUUCCCCAAAUGGUUCAUCAACGUUAACUGGCGCACCAACCAGGCAUUAUACUACUCCCCGGAGCUGCUCACGACGACCAAUGCUCGUACAAUUUGCUUCCCGGUGUUGGGUAAACGGAUCCUCCAGCCGCGAUUUUGCCGCGAACUCUGGACAAAUUUUGAUCGAUCAUGCGCCCCUACGGACCUUCAAGGCAGAAGCGUUGGACUGCUGCACGUACAUACCAUGACACGUCUUCGUGACGUACAAAGUCGCUUUCCGAACGCAACAUUGGAUCUAACAUUUCUAGAAAGCCAGGAAGAUAUGCAGAUAUGUCGAGGUGGACUCACGUCGCUUGGGUUUAAACGAUCGGAUGUCAGUGCGAUCGUACGUGCUCGGAACUGCGUUGGCAGUGGAACAACACGCUCGUGCGAAACAAUUUUUGUGGAGGACUAUCGCUACGAAACAGGGCUCUUAACUUCCGAUGUUGUCCAGUGGUAUAAGGUAGUAGCGGCGCUGCGAAUCAUCGGACAAGGCUACUUCUUGCUUCGUGGUAUCGGCUUGAUGCUCAGUUGCUACUUUGUUCACGGUGUUACGAAGUCCCAGAAGAAAAUGUCGACUUGGACUCGAGUACGCAAGGCUCGACAUCUUUUCAUGAAGGUUCCGACUCAAUGUGUGGUGUUUGGUAGUCCAUUUCCCGUCUCCUGCUACGUGCUGGCGCAUUUAUUGGACGCCCCGUUCACGUACGAUGUACUCGAAAGCCACUUUUUCUCGCAGGGUGGUGUGUUGGAUAUCCAUCUUGAGGCUUUUAUUUCCUAUGCAGUCGUCCAGAUGCGUAACGUGUGGAUAUAUGCAUUGCUAUGGCACAUGGUAGUGACCGUGACGACGUCACGCUGGUUAGCGCGUAGUAAUCAGUCAAGCAGCGGCAUUAUUGGCGUUCCGGAGUUUUUACUAAGCGCUUUCUCGAGUAUCACGCUGAUUGCUCAGUAUCGCUCGACUUCAUUUCGAUCGUCUAAAAUUCUGCGGAUGAUGGUACUACCUAACAAUUUAAGCCGUGCCUGGGUGGCCACUAAGUACCAGUACAGCCUCGCACAUCGAGGAAGUGGCAGCGUGUUACUUGGCGGUGUGAUUAUCGACCUUAAAUUUCUGCUUUGUUUCGUGUUUGUCAUUGCUGGAGCGUGGGCAGUUCGAGUCUUGUGGCUUAAGUGUUUGGUUACCCAGGACAGUGGACAGAGGGAUCGAUUUUCUCAAUGGUUUAUCCUAGCUCCAACUCCAGUGCCGUACUCAGCUGGAGUCCUGUGGCCUACGGUGAGCAUGUGCGUUCAUUGGACGAGUGAUUUCUUUUGUAUCCGAGACGAGGUGCAACGACGGAAGCAACUACAACUGCAAGCGUCUCAUGUACACCAACGUAAGUGGAAUAACGGAGACGGACGAGUAAUACCGUUCACUGCCAGUUUUCAAUCGAAGCAAAUGGCGGCUGAAGAUCUGCGAGUGCAGGUCCGCAAGUACAAAUACAGCUCCCCCACUGCACGGAUGAAUAUGAACACGUUUCGGUAUAUCCAGCAUCAAAUGAAGUGUUUACAUGGGCGCUCUGACGACGUCGAAGCGAAUGUAGCAUUUAUGAAUGCAGUGCUUAUGAGCGAUCCCAUCGUGUAUCUGCGUACGCUACUCGGUCGGGAUCGAUCGACCGAGUUGGCUUAUUAUCAAUCCCUCUUGCGGCCGCGUCAGGUGGUUCUUCUACCUGUGGCGGUAGUGGGCGAUCACAACGAAUACACUGGAAAGCUCAAGCUACUUCGACGGGUGAAUGCCUCCGAGCUCACGUGGCCGGAACUUGUACAAUGCGGGUGA